AUGAGCUUCUUUUCAUGUUGUACGUCACAAAAGAUCAACAAAGAGUCAUUGAAGAAGAGCAUUAAGGAAUACCAUGAUGCAAAAACUGAUCAAACUUCAUUUGAUAAUGUCUGUUUUAAAACUGAUAGCAGCAAGCGGGAGUACAUUGAAGAAGAAAUGGGAAAAAUUGGAAAAGGAAAAAAUACCUCUCAGAUUUUUUCUUAUCAUGAACUAUGUGUUGUAACUCAGAACUUUAACCCUCACAAUAUGAUUGGUGAAGGAGGAUUUGGGAGGGUAUACAAAGGACGCAUUAAAAGCAAAAAUCAGGUUGUUGCUGUGAAGCAACUUAACAGGGAAGGAUUCCAAGGAAACAGGGAAUUUAUUGCAGAGGUUUUGAUUUUGAGUCUCUUGCACCACCCUAACCUUGUCAAUUUAGUAGGGUAUUGUGCUGAUGGUGAUCAAAGGAUUUUGGUAUACGAGUACAUGGUGAAUGGUUCUUUAGAAGAUCACCUUCUCGAACGACCUCCGGACAGAAAGCCCUUGGACUGGCGUACUAGGAUGAAAAUAGCAGAAGGUGCAGCAAAAGGACUUGAAUAUUUGCAUGAUGUAGCAAAUCCACCAGUUAUAUAUCGUGACUUCAAAGCAUCAAACAUACUAUUAGAUGAAAACUUCAGUCCAAAACUCUCUGAUUUUGGACUUGCAAAGCUUGGUCCAACUGGUGAUAAAACACAUGUAUCAACCAGGGUGAUGGGAACUUAUGGCUACUGUGCCCCUGAGUAUGCCUCAACAGGUCAAUUGUCUACAAAAUCAGAUGUAUACAGCUUUGGAGUAGUGUUUCUAGAGAUAAUCACAGGAAGAAGAGUACUUGAUUAUUCAAGACCAUCAGAAGAACAAAACUUAGUCACUUGGGCACAACCACUAUUCAAAGACAAAAGGAAUUUCACAUUUAUGGCUGAUCCAUUACUAGAAGGAAACUACCCAAAAAAGGGUCUAGACCAAGCACUAGCAGUUGCAGCAAUGUGUCUUCAAGAGGAAGCUGAUACCAGGCCUUUGAUUAGUGAUGUAGUUACAGCUCUUGAUGUUUUAGCAAAGCAGCAUGUACAAGUGGCUAAACAAAAAAAUACACAGGAGACUUAUUUUCAGAGCAGAGAAUGCAGUUGA